AUGAGGACUAGGAAUGCGGUGUACCAACCCACUGAGGCACUGGAAACGGAGACGAAGUCACAUGAGAAACUGAAAGCGAAACGAGCCAAGAAGAAGAAGAUGGGCGCAGAUCUGCUCCGGAAAAGAGAGGCCAAGAAGGCCGCGGAGCAGGCGGAGCAGGCCGAGCUUGACACUGACACAACAGAGGAGGCAAGCGCAAGUCCCAAGAGAGGCCGUGGCCGACCUCGAAAGUCAUUGGCAACAAUAGCAGCCCCGUUCAGAGCCCCUAUUACGUCCGUGGGGCCCAGCAGUCCAGGUGGUCCCUCCCUGCCUCAGCGCCCGGCACCGGCAAGCCCAUCUGUGCGGCAAGCAAGGGAGCCGCCCCAGCAACCCACAGGGGGAGGGUCAGGAGCAGUGCGACAGCUUGCCGCAGCUGCAGCACGGCCGCAGCAUGUGCCAACUUGGGGACUUGCACAGGAUGCGGCGCGCAAGAAGGCAGAGGAUGCUGCUGUGGAGGUAGCCAGGCAGUCAGGGAGAUACGUGGACGUUGCUGUGCACUCCUUCAUAACAGAGAUCCCGCCCAGCCGCCUUGCCGUCCCGGAGGACGCCACAAUCAAUUUUCUCAGGCGCCAGAUCCAGUACAGAGUGGAGGAGUUGGGCACGCACAUGCCGGCUGACGCGCUGGAGGUCCAGGUCAAGGACACCUGGGGCACCCUCACCCCGACCACCAGCUUCACCGCAACCGGCGCCGAGAAGACUGUCAGAUCGUACGGUCUCGUGCCGGGGCAGCAGCACCACAUCUGGGUCAUCGUGGUGGAUGACACCGCCGCACGAGACCAGCGCGCAGCCACCGCCGCCCUGAUCGACAUGCCAGGCGCGCCCACCCCCUGGCCCUCGAGGCUGGCGCCUGCUGCAGCUGGAUCGCCCGUCCCAGCGCGGCGCUUCACAGAGCCGGCGCAGCACGCCGUCGCGCAGUACCAGGCCGAGCUUUCGCCAGCGCGACCCGCGCGCGCGCCCGACGCAGCAGCCAACCCCGCCACAGAGUCGCCCGGCAGGAGACGGCAGAAGAACAAGCGCUGGUCGGACGAGGAGAGGGACGCGCUGAUCAACGGCGUAACCAUCCUGGGCACCGGCCACUGGGCGGCCAUCCUGGACCGCUACACCACAAUUUUCGCACCGGGCCGCAACAGCGUGGACAUCAAGGACAAGUGGCGCAACCUGGUCAAGCUUGCGCAGCAGAAGCGCGAGGCUCGCGGCGGCACGCUGCCCCGGGAGCAGGUCGUCAAGAUCCUGGAGGUCAUCCACCGCGAGGAGCACCCGGACUCUGAGCCUGAGGACGCACCGGACGGCGCCUGA